GCUUUUAUUUUGAAGGCAGUACAUCGGAAGUUGUCUUGCCUGUUAGAGGCCGUUGGCUCAGAUUUUCCUCCGUCUCCUCAUUUCACUCUCACCACCACCACCAAGCCACUAUCCCAACCUACGGCGGUAUAACGCAUACCAUGGCAGAGCAGGAGCCUACACCAGAGCAGCUGGCAGCGCUCGCAGCGGCCAACGAGACUGACGAAAGCUCAGUCAACUACAAACCUCCUGCCCAGAAGAGCUUACAGGAGAUCCAGGCGCUGGACCAAGAUGAUGAAAGCCUGCGCAAGUACAAGGAGACACUGCUGGGCAACGUCUCCGUGGUUGCAGAUCCCAGCGCACCCAACGUCCAAGUGACGCGAAUGACUCUAUUAUGUGAAACGGCUCCGGGCCCUCUAGUCCUAGACCUGCUGGGAGACCUGGAAAACUUCAAGAAGAGCCCAUUUGUGCUGAAGGAGGGAGUUGAAUACAGAAUAAAGAUCAACUUCAAGGUCAACAAGGAAAUUGUGUCAGGCCUGAAGUACACUCAGCAAACAUUCAGGAAAGGAGUAAAACUUGACAAGUCGGACUACAUGGUCGGCAGCUACGGCCCCAGACCCAACGAGGAAUACGAGUUCCUCACCACCAUGGAGGAGGCACCCAAAGGGAUGCUGGCCCGCGGCACCUACACCAUCAAGUCCAAGUUCACCGAUGACGACAAACACGAUCAUCUCUCCUGGGAUUGGUGCCUCACUAUCAAGAAGGAUUGGAAAGACUGAUCCCCCCCCCCCCCCUCUCCCCCCCGUGCCAUCCUCCAUCGACAUCUUCCCCAGCCUUCUGCCUCUUUCUUUUCCUUGCUGUCAUUCCAUUAUUUCUGUCUGGAUUACCUGUUGAUUUAAGCUUUUGCUCUCUCCGUCCAUCGACCACCUGCUCUUACAAUUUUUUUCUAAAUUCCAAUCACUUCCUCAUUCCUCCCAACGCAACUCUUCAUUGGUUUGCACCCUCCUUUUCUGUUAAGUAUUACAUCUGUAGAAAUGGAGAAAGCAAUGUGCACAAUCCAAAAUGUGCUGUAAUGGUUUGUUUAUAAAAAAAGAAAAAAAAUAAGUAAAAAAAAAAAUAGUCGUUUAACUGCUCCUGGAAAAGAGAAAAGCUAUGUGAUUCUGACUGCCCUUUUAGCGCUUUCUUUUUCGUCCCCCUUUUCACUUAUCACAUUGUUUUGUACCAUUACCGUGACCUGCCUUGGGAAGCAUUGUACAGGUAGCAGUAGUGCUGUAUGGACGUGGCCACUGGACGGCCAUUGAGCAAUCAUUGCUGGACACAGCCCUCAUAAAGCCUUUGAGCCGAUUUAUUUGUACCAGGGACUUGGUAUAUUUGGAAUUCAGGCCACUUUUUAAAAAAAUGAUUUAGCACCCUACAAAGUCUGCUGACUGAACGGGGAAAACAGAAUGACCUCUGACCCCUUGUGACCCCUCUCUGUAGGUGUGGCUGUUCCUCUCCUGAUCAGGGUAUUUUGCCAGGCUGGUUAGCAGCCAUGUGGCCUUAACAAGAACCCAUAGACAGAAAGUCAACCUAAUCACGCCUUUUGCCUUCAGAUUAUAUUUGCCAGGCCACCAUGUGAGUCUGUUUUUUAACAAUAGGUAAUACAAGGACAGGGAAUCGGGACUAAGGACUUUUAACACCUUUUUAUUUCAGGUUUGAUCAGGUUGUUAAACCAUUACGUGUUGCUGUCGAUCACGUUAGCUCUAUUUACAUCUUUUUAUUUGCAGUACUUGUAGCUGAAUAAAUAUCCAAACUGAAAAAUACGAUUAUUUAGGUUGUAAUGGUGGUCUGUCACCUGGUGUCCUCUCUAGUCCAUGAGGCGUGUCCAAGGUCUGCUGAACUGAUCACCUUGUAUUACUCAAGUUUAGAAUUUUCCAAUGCUGACUGUGCCUCCAGUCUCUUACAGUCACGUGCUGCUCCUGCUGACUCAGCAGCACUCAUAUGUGCGCAACAUCAGUGAGUUGAAAGGUUUUCUGUAAUUGACUUUAAUCAGUAUAGAGACAUCAGCCCCACUCAGACAGACAUACGUCUUUUUUUAUACACUCCAGAAGUAUGGGAAUGAAGUCCGUUUCUGCAGCUUCGUUGAGCUCUCGUGUUACGGACUGAUGUUUUUUUCUCUGUGGGUUUGGGUUUGACUCAAUGUGUGCUUCUUGUAUUACUGAUCUCCUGUGACAAUAAAGUGUUCAGACUG